UGAAGGUGCAUGGCGUAAGCAAUGGGCGUUGAGCUUGAUGAAAGCCAAUUAGUCGCCCAUGUUCCAAAAUAAGUGGAACACAAUGACAAAUGUCCCAAAGCUCACAAAAGGAGCAUUGACUAGGCUGAAUGACGAACGGUAGAUUUCGCUCGUCCUUGAAGGCUUCAAGAUUGGAGAGAAAAGACCGGCCAUGAAGUGAAAUGGCUCGCGGGACAACAAUAUGACUUCAGUGCCUUCAGUGAGGGGUAUUUCCAGGCCUGAUCAUUAAUCAUUUAUGUCUUCAAUGGCCAAUAAAUGGAACACUGCCUGCAUUGCCAGUGCCAAGGAAGCGAAACCAAUGACCCUAAUCAUUUUGGAAGAUUCAUAGCCAAUCCAACUUGGCAAGCGAAAGGUUCACGUACGGUAGUAGUCUCGUUUCAGAGGGAAAGGCCAACACACGAUACUGCGCAAAUUUACACGUUCCCACUUGGAACGAUUUGGUUGAUUCCAGUCUUCAAUUGUUCUACGAUACACCAGCAUUUCGGUGGGAAGCACUACACCUGCAGAUUCUUCAUUGCUACAAAGGAUCCAAAUUCUCUCUCAGGUCAGGCCUAUAAAACCAGGUUGAUGGACUCUGGUCAACAUCGAGUCGCUUAUUAGAAAUCUGCUUCCGGUUGCGUGGAUGGAACGAGGAGUUGGCGAACACAGGGCCCCUUUGGCAUCAAACCACAAACUCCAGAUCCCGCAGAAAGAGACGUCGGAGCCAAAGAUUGGUCCAAACCAGUCAGUCAGACAGUCACACACGAGGCCAGAACAAGAAUUUUCGCGUGGAUUUUUUCUCAGCGAAGAAAGGAUCGAGAAGUGAAGUUGCAAAAGCAGGCGGUCUUUUGUUGCAAUCGCUGGUGCUUAAAGUCCCUUGUUCCAGGACCACCCUUUCGUGGCUAAAAACCGUUUUAGCUUCUUCCCCGACGCCGCCCGUCAACGACAUCAGCCAUCAAGAACCAGAAAUACAACACAAGAAAGAGAAUAGCGACCAACAAAAAGGCUCUUUUCAAUUAUAGAUCUGUCUUCGAGUGAGAGCUGGCUGACUACCAAGUUCCGACUAGCCAGACAUUGUCAUAAAAAGGCCAGUGGGUCCAACACAUACUUGGACCAAAAUUAGAAAGUAAAAGUGCUGGGACAACACUGACACACAUGGACCUGAAAGGGAUCCAUCAUGGGAGCUGCGGGUGCAGAUGCAGCUGCUUUGGCAGCCGUUAGCAUGGGAUCCAUUCUUCAUCACGCUGCGGGAUCCCUACCCAAAGUGGAACGAACCAC